AUGCGCCUCGUCCUCCUCGCGCUGGUCGUCGCCGUGCGCGGCUGCUACGAGGACCUGCGCCUCUGCCUCGACGGCUCGACGGUGACGCGCGACGCAGGCCGCAACUGCUCCUUUCGUCCCUGCCCCAAUGCCACGGACGGCUGCGCGGACGACGGCUACAAGUGCCCGAACGGCGUCGUCGUUGGCCGCGACCCAGCGAACAACUGCACGCACCUCCGAUGCGACGUGACGUCGGCCGACCGCCCGCCGAGCGUCUGCACCGAGUUGCCAGCGCAGCUCGUCUGUCCGACCGGCGCAGUGCUCGAGCGGGAUCCGGCGGCCAACUGCACGUUUCGAGCCUGCCCCCUUUCGACGUGCGCGAACGACACACAGGCUUGUCUUCUUGGCGGCCGCGUCGUCCGCAACGUGGCCCGCAACUGCGCCUUUGACCCGUGCCCGAACGCGUGCACGAACGAGACGUCGGUCUGCGCCAACGGUAUGGUCGUGGCCCGCAACGCGGCCCGCAACUGCGCCUUUGAUCCGUGCCCGACGCGCCAGCGCACGUGCAGCUCGGUCGUCAAGCGCUGCACGCUGCCGUCGGGCCGCACCAAGUGGCUGCAGCAAGAGCCAUCGCUCAACUGCUCGUAUCCGGUUUGCCCCUAAGACAGCUGCAACGACGC